AGGAAAUAUAAUGCCAACACCAAAUAUGGAGAUGAGCACUUCAUCUAUACUUUUUUACACAACAGGAGGUCUUCAGUUUGUUCCUAACCAGAUAAGACUGCUACAAACUCAAGCAACAAACUCAGACUGAAGUCUGGAAUAAUAUUUUCUCCCUUUAAUAAUUUUUUAUAGCAGAAAGUAGAAGCAUAUAAAAGCCAGUUUGUAAAAGACAGACUCUCAUCUCGAAAGCAAACUUAUUAAUCUGCUAUUUUCCAACGACCUAGAAAACUCUUAAAGCAAAUAUGGCUCCAAGAGGAUCACCCAAUUAUAUCGUUGCUUGGGUAUACACACACACACCGGCGCGAGCUACAACCAUUCUUUUACAUGUCUGUUUCUCAACGUCUUUUUCUGUUCGCAAAGAGUUUCAGACCACAGCUAUGUAGUCGGUCACUUAAGACAUCUAGCUCUGCGUUUGGCACUAAAAUGACUGUUAGGGAUGCCCUCAAUUCUGCUAUGCGGGAAGAACUGGAACGGGAUAAAGAUGUUAUUAUUUUAGGCGAGGAAGUGGCUCAAUAUGAUGGUGCCUACAAAGUUACAAAAGGUCUUUGGAAGAUGUUUGGAGAUAGUCGUGUCAUUGACACACCGAUAACAGAGAUGGGGUUUGCCGGAGUUGCUGUUGGGGCAGCUAUGGCUGGUCUUAAGCCCAUAUGCGAAUUCAUGACUUUUAAUUUCGCUAUGCAGGCUAUAGACCAAGUAAUCAAUUCUGCUGCAAAAUCAGCGUACAUGUCCGCUGGACUAGUGUCUGUCCCAGUUGUUUUCAGAGGGCCAAAUGGAUGCUCGGCUGGCGUCGCCGCCCAGCAUAGUCAGGAUUACGGUGCGUGGUACGCUAGUUGUCCUGGUCUUAAAGUUUUGGCCCCCUACAAUUGUGAAGAUUGUCGAGGUCUCCUGAAAUCGGCUAUACGUGAUCCGGAUCCAGUGGUUCAUUUGGAGAGCGAAUUAUUGUAUGGACAGUCAUUUGAUGUUUCAGAUGAAGCAUUGUCUUCAGACUUCUUGAUUCCUAUAGGUCAAGCUAAAGUUGAAAGGGAAGGGAAAGAUGUUACUCUCGUUAGCUACAGUUUAGGUGUGGGUACUUGCCUUGCUGCUGCUGAAGAAUUAUCAAAACUAGGUAUCAGUGCCGAGGUAAUUAAUUUGCGUUCCUUGCGGCCAAUGGAUGAAGAAACAAUAUUUCAAUCCGUUAAAAAGACACAUUAUUUAGUAACCGUAGAAAAUGGUUGGCCUGUAUGUGGUAUUGGUGCUGAGAUAUGUGCUCGCGUCAUGGAAACGGAUACCUUCAACUACUUAGAUGCUCCAGUUUUACGAGUGACUGGCGCAGAUAUUCCUAUGCCAUAUGCUCUUAAUCUGGAGCGUGCUUCUUAUCCUGAUGCACAUAAUAUUGUAACUACUGUAAAAAUGGUUAAGAAUAUUCAGUAAACAGUUGGUUUUGAACUAACUAACUACCUUUCGUAUCAGCUAUGCAAGCUACCUACUAGUUAAUUAUUUAAAAUGUUCUUUCACUAUUGAUGCAUCUCAGUAUACUUGUGAUUUGUAAAAUUUAACGUGUUCUACUAUUACAACAGUAACAACGACUACUAAUACAACUUAUUUAAAUGUCUAGCAAUUUUGCUUCGGCUGUUGUUUUACAUAAAAGUACACCACUUAGUCAAUAAAGUAUUUUUUAUUACUUCAUUUCUAUAUUUUUAGUUCAGAAAAAAAUCCAGGGCAUAUAAAAUGAGAACAAAUAAAAAUAUCUUCAGAGUUUCUUGUUUGUUGUUUAAAUAAUUUCUGGAGUUCGUCUUAGCUUUCAGAAAUCCAGCUGGGAUUUUUCGAAGAUAUCUUUAUAAUUCAAAAUCUCUGAGAAGAUAAUGAUAAUAAUAACAAAAAAUAAUAAGAUAAGCAGGUUUAGUGAGUAGUUCGCCAAAUCUCUCUAUAUAUCACUCCGUGUGAUCCCUUCACACAAGUUUGUGGUAAG